AUGUACAUGAGACCACCUCCUGUUAAGACAAAUGAGUCAGAUCACAAGGAUGCAAGACUGGAGGAAUUUGUGAAGCAACUCGAUAACUACGAUAUCAUUUGCUGUUAAGAAGUGUUUUAUACUCUAAAUUCAAGGAAAUAAAGAUUGAUUACCUAUGCCUAGAAGGCUGGAUUUAUGUAUCAUACAGUAUCUGACCCACCAUCAUUCUUUUCAGGUUAUGCUACAGAUGGGGGCCUUAUAAUACUCUCAAGAUUUCCAAUUGUAGAAUCAUCUUUCGGGCCAUUUCCAUAUGGGGUGUUAAGCGAUAGUCUUUCAUACAAGGGGGUACUUUACGCUAAAAUAUUAGUUGCUUAAGACAGAGCAUUGCACAUCUUUAACACUCACACUUAGGCAAGCUACUAUGGAGUAGAUCUUGAUAACUUUUUAGCAACAUUUGAAACAAGGUAUUUCUAACUUAAAUGUGCAAGGAAAUUCUUAGAAGAAAAAACUUAGAAUGCUCAUGAAAAUGAUUUGAUUAUAUUUGCUGGGGAUUUUAAUGCCAAUGGAUAGAAAGACAAUGUUAAAGCUAAAGAAUUUAGAGAAUAGGUAAAGCAUAGACCUCAAUUUGAUGAGUUACUUGAUGAACUAGAAAAUGAAUAUGGAGCAAUGAUUGAAAUUUUAUCAGGACACGGAUAGGAUGAAAUUGUUGACUGUGUAAAGUUAGCAUGCAAUGGUGAAAGCCCAAUAACAUAUGGUGAUGUUGAAACUGAUUACUAAGGCAAUAUCAUUGCUCUAGAAACAGUUCUAACUGACGCAGAAGACUUAAAAACAACUCAGAGUCUUGAUUACAUAUUCCAAUUCAAAAGAAAAGCUCAACAGGAUAGAUUAAAUUUACGAAUCAAGGAGUUCCAUCAGAAAAAUAUCUUAUUGCUUGAUAAUUCUAAGGAAGAAGACGAGAAAAGUAAACAAAUUACAGAACAAAAAACUAGAGAGAAUUCCGCUUUUAACUCAGCCGAAGUUAAGGCUUUUCUUGGGCCAAGACUUGAGAUUAAAGUGGAAUCAACUAUAGUUGAAAAGUUUUUUGUUGAAGGACACAAAUUCACAUAGCUCAGUGAUCAUUAUGGAAUCUCAACUGAACUUGAAGUACUGUGA